AUGAUGAGAGGAACAUGGUUAGUAGUGAUGUUGGUGAUCAUCAACGCUGCGUUAAUGUCGGUGUGCCAAAGUGCAAGAAUCUCUGUGGAGACAGCAACGAAGAUGACUACUCAAGAAGAAGAAGCUAAUGAUUGGAAAGACACUGCAUGCAGUUGGUGCUCCGUUACGCCGGCUCCUCGACAAUGUGUCCGUGCCUGCCGUCAAGGGCUGCCUGGGUUGGCUAUUUCUUAA